CGUUUCAAUCCGUUCCAGUGUGAAAGCCCUGCUGUUGGACUUGCGGAGUAACGCUGUGACCUCGUCUCUCUGUCUAUCUCUCUCACUGUCUCCUGCCGCCGCUGCCUUUUAACAACUUUUCUCUCCAAUUUCUCCUGGAAAUACUUUCACCCAGAUCCCUAAACCCAGCAGUGUAAACAUGCUGAUCCUUCUUUGUGGUAUCGUACUCCUGCACAUCGCAGUUCUGGUACUGCUCUUCGUCUCCACUAUAGUCAAUGCCUGGAGCAUAACUUCUACCAGUAGCUCAGACUUGUGGUUUAACUGCAGCACAAUCAACGAAGUGCAGAAAUGCAAUCCUGCUGACACUGGAGUAUGGAUUCAAGCAGUGCAGGCUCUCAUGAUCCUGUCCAUCAUCUUCAGCGUCAUCUCACUCUUCCUGUUUUUCUGCCAGCUCUUCACGCUGCAGAAGGGUGGACGCUUCUUCCUCACCGGAGCUUUCCAAAUCUUUGCCUGUCUGUUCAUCAUGUGCGGUGCAAUCAUCUACACGGUGAUGAAGCACACAUGGGUUCCUGUGGACCAGUCAUACGGUUUUAGCUACAUUCUGGCCUGGUUGGCUUUUCCUCUGGCGCUCAUCAGUGGCUUAAUUUAUGUCAUCUUGAGGAAACGGGAAUGAGCAUGGCACCUCCUUGAGGCUUGGCCUCCAGACAUCUAAGAUCAUCUAUAGCCUACUGCAUUUGCAGACAAGUUUAAACAGCCCAAGUCGUAUAAUAUAAUAUAACUGUAUGAUAUCGUACAAACCAUGUACAACUGAUCACAACCCUGAAAAGAUGAAAAGACAUAACAACCAGUGCGGUCAUUGAUGUAUAUAGUAUCUAUGGUUUAAAACCUAUUUAUAACACUUUUUACAUGUAUGUACAUAGUAUUGUUGCGUGUGUCUUGACAACGUGUUGUUGUUUUUUUUUUUUUUUUUCAUUUUGUUUUUUGCUAAUUAAGUGCCUAAAAUGUAUGUUUUGUCUGAGGCAAGUGCAUUAUUAGCCAUACUGUGUGUUUUUAUUUUUUUUUUCUUACACUGCUGAAAACAGUUAGAAAAAAAAAAAGUCCUUUAAAGUAUUUUAACCAAAGAGCAUGUAUUAAAAAUUGUGCUAAGCUAUAGUGAAAUGAAGUAGCUUUAGAAAUUUAGAGAUGUGGUAACAAUUACUGAAAACCUAUGCUAAGCUACAUACAAAAGUUGACCAUUUUUCUGCUUUGAAAAGGAUAUUAAUUUCUUUUUUUUUUAUUUCGACAAAAUGGUGCUAUGCAUUUACCAUUCCUAUAGCCAUUUUGAUUUUAUCUAGUCAGACAGAAGCGAAUGCCUGCAAGUAGACGUUACCGCUCUGUAUACUUACUUCUGUACAGUACUUACCAAAUAGACUCAUUUUCUAAUAAACUGUGUUUGAAAUAACGCAAGACUUGCAAAUGGCUUUGCAAGGCCACAGACGUAGACAUUUUAGCGAUACUGUAACAGCUAAGAGGGCAUUAUAUAACCAAAUGCCACCAGGAGGGUGUGAACUGUCUGGUAUUUGAGUGCACCUGUGUUGUGUGUCUUCAGCUAGGUAAAAAAAAUGCACUAGAGUUAAGCUACUUGUGAUCGAAGGGAAACUUACUGGCAUUUUGCAUGGAUUUAAACACCAAACUUAGAUCUUUUCUAGUAGAGGAUGUACCAGAAUUUUUUUGCAUUCGUUGCAAUGUUGUGCUGAUACUUGAAAUGUGACAUGCUGACUAUGUCUGCUAUCGUGAAAAAAAAAAACAAAAACAAAAAAAAACGUCUCCACGUUGAAUGCAGUGUUUUAUCGGACGUCAUGUGGUUCUUUACAAAUACAUCACUUGCAAACUCAUGAUAUGUAUGCAACUCACACUGAGGACCAUUUAGAAAAAAAAAUGUAGGAGGAUCCCUAUGCACUGAACCAACAAUAAAUUACCAUUAACGCAA